GCAUGUAAUAAAAUUGUAAUUAAAAAAAAAGGUAAUUAUAAAGAGAAUACCAAAGUGACAAUGUAUACAUUCGAUGCGCAGCAUAUCUUUGGAAAAAUAUUUAGCCGUUGUACAGCUAUAACAUUGCCAAAAAUUAAUUUAUCGCGGUCUCAAAAGAUACUGAUAAUAUGCCUGACGGGAGGGACGUUGCUGCUAGGAAGCCUAGCUAAAUAUUUGAAACGGCGGCGGCGACCACCUUACCCUCAUAUUCGCCGGCCGACUAUUCGACCGCGAUUUAUAAACUCCAAAGGAUCUAAUUUCGAUGCUGUUUCUCAAGUGUCAUGGGCUAAAAGAAGUGAAGCUAGUACGAGAAGUCAUAUAAGCGACCGGGCAUCUCUUGUUUCGUCGAUUCCAGGAGGUCCUGAGGGUGAUGUUAAAUUAACUCCACAACAGUAUGGCGUUCUUGGUGAGUCUUUUAUUUUUUUUUUUAUGUUUAAUAAUUAUUUUGGAGUUGAAAUUAGAGAUGUAAAGUUUGUUUACUAA